UAGAGCGCGCUGUGUUCUUAAUUUCCGCCCACGGAUUCAGCCUUCAAUCGCCUGCUCUGGCGCGCAGUCCGCGGUGAAUCCAAAACCGAAGAAACUGGGCGCAGCGUGGUGCGGCGCGGCCCCGUCAUGGAGGCGGUAGAGACGCAGGCGGAAGCUGCCGUUUUAGAGGUCCUGGCUGAAGUGGCAGACAUUGUGGAACCUAUAGGCUUACAGGAAGAGGCGGAGCUGCCAGCUCAGAUUCUGGCUGAGUUUUUGAGCAAUUCCCGAAAGAAAGACAAGCUGCUCUGCAGCCAACUUCAGGUAGUACACUUCCUACAGAAUUUCUUGGCUCAGGAGGACAUUGCCCAGGACCUGGGCCCCUUGGCUUCUGAAGACUUGAGCCGACAGAAGGCAACUGAAGCCAAAGAACAGUGGAAAGAGCUGAAGGCUACCUAUCAAGAGCAUGUAGACACCAUAACAAGCAUCAUGACCCAGGCCCUGCCCCAGAUGGAGGAGGUCCAAAGGAAGCGUGUUCAGCUCCAGGAGGCCUUUGAGCAGCUCCAAGCCAAGAAGCAAGCAGUAAUGGAGAAAUUCAAAGCCACCCAGAAGCAGCGGAAACUACAACAGGAGAAACAUCUGCAGAGUCUGGCAGAAGUCUCUGCAGGGCUGAAGGAACGUCAGAAGGGAAUUCAGCAGAAGCUUGAACAGCUACAUCAGGAACUUGGAACCUUGAAAAAGCAGGCAGAAUGGGAACAGGAUAAACUGCAGAGGCACCAGACCUUCCUUCAGCUCCUGUAUACCCUUCAGGGUAAGCAGCUGGUCCCUGAGGCAGAGGCUGAGAGCAGAGCUACUACAGGAGCUACCCUUCCACAUGUAACUGCUUAAGGCAGAUUGGAUUAUGAAUGCUUGAGUACAGCCUGAUUUCUGACCGUGACCUAGGUGGGUCAGCCUCUGAAGUCUGUCAAUUAAAAGUCCUGGCUAUCUCAGUUACCUGUUUGUUCAUCUUCACAAGCUGAUAGAAAGAACUACAGAUUUUCAAAGGCUAAUAACAUGAUAGGUGCUGGGACAGGUGUGAACUAGAUGGUGUAGAUGGCCAGGGUCUUGAGUUUUUUGCCAAAAUCCACAUGAAGCAAACAUGCUGAGCUUAAUUCAAGGGGGAGACUAUUUACGCAGGUGGAUAAAUGUAGGAAGAUAUUGUUUUUCAUUAACCCAAAUGUUUGUUGAGUUCCUGUGUUGUGCUAAGGACCCAUGAUGUGAACUGGAGGAGCUACAGUGAUGAGCUCAUUUAACCUUUAAGAAUGGCCUAAUGUUACAUUCCUGAUACCCCUUUGUGUGUUAUCUAAUACUUUCCUUGGUUACUCUUCAGAUGCUUGUUCAUUUUAUUACAUUGAAAGAUUGGUUUUUAUAGUCCAGCAUAGAAUGUUAUGUUUCAUUGACUUGUGGUUUCUGGAUCAUUUCCUCGCUUGUAACUUUGGGUGGAGAAUACUACUUUUGUAAAUUCUCAUUUUUAUCAGAUAAUAACUCUCAGUAUUUGUUUUCCCAA